UGUCUUCAUCUUUCGUGCGAGGGUUUGCAGUGGAAGCAGUUACCUCUUAAGGCGCUGCCCUGUGACUCAGUUUCCCCAGAGGGUUGUGAUUUCCAGCUCCCCACCCUGGGACCAGCACUGGAGGCACUGGGGUGAAGGAGGUUAUGAAGUGCAGGCGAGGGGAGUCCAUGUCCCUCCCAGCUUUGACAGGCACAAGGGUUCAUACCUCACCAAGAGGGAGCAAAGUUUUAGUCCACAUCAGUGGAAAGUACUGGGCAGAGAUAAGGUCUACUCAGGGCACAAGUGAACGCAGGUGCUCCCAAUACUCCUGUUGCCCCAGGUCUGAUGCUCAGGGCUGCCUGUGGCAUCCAGAGCCAGGGCAUCCCCCUGUCUGGCACUGCAGUACCACAGCUGGGGUGGGCAAUGACAUCUGCCAGGUUCUGCCUAUCCUCUUGCCCCCCAGCAUCUGUUUGCACCCCAAAUCUCUCUGUCCACCCAGCAGCAAUUAGAUGAUGGGCCAAGGAAGUGCCUGAGCCCAGCCCCAUGGCCUUUGUGCUGGCUGCCCGGCAGGACAUCAGACUAUCAGAGACAUGUCAAACCACUCCACACACCCUGCGUGGGCUGGUCCUGGUCCAAAGUCCCUCCCCAGAUCUAUUAAAAUUGUGGACACUGCCAGUGGCGUUGGGCUACCGGAUCUCACCAUGCAGCUCCUGGCACUCCUCGCCCUCUGCCUGGGCCUCUGGGCAGGGCUCAGCACUGCUGUCAUCCCAGUGGAGGAGGAGAACCCGUCCUUCUGGAACAAUCAGGCAGCCGCAGCCAUCCAGGCCUCCUUCAACAUCCAGCCCAGGAUAAGAGAAGCCAAAAACCUCAUCAUCUUCAUGGGGGAUGGCUUUGGCAUCCCCAGCCUCACAGCCACCCGCAUCCUAAAGGGACAGCAGAAGGGAAAUCUGGGCCCUGAGACGCCCCUCGCCAUGGAUACUUUCCCCUACGUGGCUCUCUCUAAGACAUACAGUGUGGAUCGUCAGGUCCCUGACAGUGCAGCGACGUCCACAGCCUAUCUCUGUGGGGUGAAGGGUAACUACAAGACCAUCGGGGUGAGCGCGGCUGCCCGCUACCAGCAGUGUAACACGACCUUUGGCAACGAGGUGAUCUCGGUGCUGGAACGAGCCCGCAAAGCCGGGAAGGCAGUGGGCUUCGUGACAACAUCACGAGCACAACAUGCGUCACCCUCGGGGUCCUACGCCCAUGUGGUGGAUCGCAACUGGUACGCGGAUGCCAGCAUGCCCGCGGAGGCCCGGAGCCAGGGCUGCAAGGACAUCGCCUGGCAGCUGGUCCACAACGUUGACAUCAAUGUGAUCAUGGGGGGUGGUCGAAUUUACAUGACACCUGCAGGGACACCAGACCCCGAGUAUCCCAACGAUGAGUCGGCAAGAGGGAUUCGCCAGGAUGGGUAUAACCUCAUCAACAUGUGGCUGGAGGCACGGAAGGGUGCCCGCUAUGCCUGGAACAGGUCAGAGAUGCUGGCUGCUGCUGCUGACCCCAACGUGAACUAUUUGAUGGGUCUCUUUGAACCCAUGGACAUGACGUAUGAUCUGGUGCGUGACCCCAUACUGGACCCGUCCAUCUCCGAGAUGACAGAAGCGGCCAUCACCAUCCUGAAAAGGAACCCCAAUGGCUUCUACCUCUUUGUGGAAGGCGGUAGAAUCGACCAUGGCCACCACGAAGGGGCAGCCCAGAAGGCGCUGACGGAUGCGGUGGCAUUCGACCGGGCCAUCGAACGGGCGGGCAUCGUGACAGAUGAGGCAGAGACCCUGACUGUUGUCACUGCCGACCACUCCCACGUCUUCUCCUUUGGUGGCUACACCCUGCGCGGCUCCUCCAUCUUCGGUCUGGCCCCCAGCGAAGCUGCUGAUGGGAAGAGCUACACGUCCAUCCUCUACGGGAACGGGCCAGGCUAUGUGGAAGGCAACCGGACUGAUGUGGAUGAGGCCACAGCCAUGAAUUUCAACUACACACAGCAAGCAGCUGUGCCCCUCAAAUCCGAGAGCCAUGGUGGCGAGGACGUGGCCAUCCUGGCCAAGGGCCCCAUGGCUUACCUCUUCCACGGGGUGCAGGAGCAGACCUACAUCGCCCACGUCAUGGCCUACGCCGCCUGCCUCGAGCCCUACACUGACUGUCGCCAGCGCACCUCUAAUACCUUCUCUGCCGCCAGCGCCCGCGCUGUCCCCCUGCUCCUGCCCACCCUCCUCCUGCCCACCCUCCUCCUGCCCCUCUUCCACUGACCCCACAGCCCUGGGGCACCCCAUGGGAACCCCUCCCCAUGGCUGCAGCACCCAUAGGUGGCUGACAGCUCUUUGGAACAUCCAUGGUCCUGGUGAAGCAGCCAUGGGGAACCAAAUCCCAGGCACGGGGGGACCCCACAUCACCUGCUCAGGGUGCUCAGUGGUUAAUAAACGUGGGGUGUGACACUGGUGGGACAGAGCUGGGGAUGCUUCCUGCUGCUCACCGUCCCCACGUGUCCCUCAGCCAUUGCCUCUUGCAUAAAACCCGGUGUAUCCAGUGGUUUAUUGAGCAUAAACGGCGGUGAAAAAUACAGCGGGCAUCCGUGUCCCUACAUUUCCGGGGCAGACAGCCAUCGCCCAGCCCUGAGCCCAGCUGAUGGUGUCACCUGCUGCCAGGGCUGAUACGGGGACAGGACGGGGCUGGCGGAGGGCACCAGGGGGGCUAUUGGCACGGGAACGUGUUUGUUUGUCAGCACCUGCAGGUAGAUGGGCUGGGAUCGUUGCUUAAUGCACCAGUUCUGCGGGGGGAAAGGACCCCAAGGAUCAGUGAAUGGGGCAUCUCAGGUCCCAACAUCCACCAGAGCCUGCGAGGUACUGGCACUCACUGGGGCAUGAUGGGCAGCGAUGCCCUGGUUGUGUUUCUUAUUGUAGGAUCUCCCAGGAGCCUGUGUGUGUGGUAUAAAAGGGUUGGGACAGCACAGUGGCAUGUCUGUUAUUGUAGGGUCUCCCAGGCUUGUGAGCUGCCUGCCUUCAGGAUCAUGUGCAUUUUUUACUGGGGGUGUCUGGAGGUGAUGAGGGGGAAACGUUUGUUAUUGUAGGUUCACCAGGAGCAGUGGAGCUGUACAGGGUGCUCCUUGAAGGGCUGAGCCCCGUAUCCUGCCCUGGUACCCCCAGCCAUGCCCCUGUCCCCAGCCCCUGGGAAAGGGGAUCUGAGGACACUGACACCAAAGGCAAGUUGUCCUCCCCAGAUCCCUUCAGCCGGUGUCCCCCUCUUCGGCUUUGUCUUGGGGAAGACAAGACCAAUCCAGCCUGACACAGCUCAACCUGUCUGCAAAAACAACACCCUGCCCUGCGCCCUCCCUGCCGCCCCCCGGGGUCCCACAGCAGCUGCCAGCGUGGGAGCUGGGGGCCCCGAGGUGUCCCGGUCCCCAGGGAGGGGCUAAAGGUCCUCCCUGGCUGCUGGGGGCAGGGAUGGCCCCAGGGAGGGCUGAAGGCCCUGGGCAGGGCUGGGAGAUAGUCCCUGAAUGUUAUCAGCCCAUCGUCUCAGCCCUCUGGCGGCAGAGGGCAGGGCCAUAAAGGGCUGUCCCCCCACCCUGGACACAGGCAGGGGGGGGAAGGA